AUGAGAGUCUUCGUCGUCGCUCUUCAGGCCAUGCUGGCCGCCAUUGUCGCCGGCUCUCCUGCCGCCCGCUCAGUCGAUUUGGCCGGCAGUGGCGAUCGUAUUACCAAGAUGAGCUUCGAGCAGGUCAAGGCCAUGGUCGACGCUAGUGAAGGCGACGAUGUUCCUACUCGGACCAAGAACGACUUCCCCGCCACCGCCGUUCUUGCAGCCUUUGGCCCCAAGGACACUUGCAUGCUCGACUGCAACAACGAUUUCAAGGUGGCCUUCGACUGCUGGUGGAGAAAGAACACACGAUGCUGGAGCUGCAACUUGAGCUCUGACGAUCAGAGCUGCCUUGACCAGUGUCGCUGCGUUCCGUUCAAUUCCGGCGGCAGCAAGGACGUCAUCCUCAUUGAGGAUGCAGCUGCUGUUCUUGCUGAUGGCUAG